AUGUUUGGUAUUGACUUGCUGCGAGGCGGGUACGUAAACAAACCAAGCGAGAUUCAGUGGAAUCAAAUUGCAGAACGACUCACAUUUGCAGCACCAUCGACUGAGAAGGAGGAGCAGGCGGUGCGCGUCUAUCCCAUCAGCGAGGAGCAGUAUGAACGCUUGCUGCAGAUUACCGAUGGCAAUAAUCUUAUAUCCGAGGGGCGUCUGACAACCGCCGGAUUCGCUUCGGUGCGCAACACGCUCGGCUCGGGCUGGCAGUCGCUGCUGCGCAUCGUCGGCUUCACCCCGACUCGCACGGAUCAGCCAAAGAUCGAUAUUGAUGGGCAGCCUCUGUGUGUGAUGAGGCGUAAUGUAUACGAUGCUGAGUCGCUUAGCGUAGAGGGCAAAUCGGCAAACGGCGAGGAGUCGGUCAUCAAUUGCAUUGUGGUGCUUAAGCGGGAUCCAGCAUUGCAGUCCCUCAGCUCUAGCAAUCCCGACUUUGCGCCCUAUUGGUAUAACGAACAAAGCGAAGAGCAGCAGCAGCAGCCAGCUGAGCUGAACUUUGCACCCGAGGCUGAGCAGCAGCUGGAACGGGUCAGGGCAACGACAACUACAAUUGCGCCAAAGAACAAGAACAAGAACAAGAAAAGGGCACGCCCAUCUCUCAAAUCUGUAUAUGCUGUGGCUGCUCCUCGUCAAUAUGGCUCACCCUACGGACCACCUGCACCACCACUGCCACAACUUCCACCACCACAGCCACCAGUGCCACAACUUCCACCACCACAGCCACCAGUGCCAGCGGCACCAUAUGGCAGUGCCUAUGGCGGUGCUUAUCCCUUCCCUAGCUACGGCCAGUACAAUCCCUAUGCAGCCUACAGCCAACAACUGCCUUUUAGCCCUCAAUCAGCUUUUGGCCAACAGCCCUAUCCAUAUUCGCCGCAGUAUUACGGACAGAGCCCGUACUACAAUCCCCUUGCCUAUUACGAGCAACAAGAUAAAGAGGAAGACGACAUUGAUGAGGACAAUGAAGACGAAGAGUAUGGCCAUGAUUUGCAUGUGGACUCAGAAGACGAAGACUAUUAUGAAUAA